UUGGUAACUCCCACUUUCAUCUCACCACUUCCAUCUCUCAUCCACAAGCAUCGCCUUGCGGCGCGGGUCGUGGCACGAACAUGUCAAGUGCAUCGUCCACGAGCCAGCCCAGGGCAUCGCGCACCUGCGACAACUGCCGGAAGCGCAAAGUAAGUCACCCGCUCGCUCCUGCAAUGUCACCACUGCGCCCAGCUCCAUGUUUCCCCAGCUUUUGCUGAUGUCAGAUCAAAUGCGUCGAAGGUAAUGGUCAAUGCGUCGGCUGCAGCAACCUCCAGAUAGCAUGCACUUACGACUACGUCAAGAAAAAACCAGGGAGGAAGAAUGCAUCAAGGCAAUGCAGGAGAGCGUGAAGCCGGCAUCCCCCGCCGAGUCCUCCUCCCGGCCCUCCUACUCGCCAUAUCCCUCCAGAACAGGCCCACCGAUCGACGACUACACCUCGAGCGGCAGUGCGUCCCGGAGCCCAUUCUCGUCCCUUGCGCCGUCCGGCGUGAGAAGUAACCACGACCACGGCGGGCUGUCCUGGCUCGACAGCAUGGCCGUGGACGGACUGAGCGUCUUCGGGUCCCUCGACUUCGGCUUCGACACCUUUUCGGGGCCCGGCACGGCCCAGUUCCCCUCGGAGCAGGCACAUCUGCUCUCGCUCGAGAGCCCCGAGGUCGUCGCCCACCACACGCAACGACCGCGCGAGCCGCAGCUCGAAGACGUUACCUCGUGGGCGAACAUCUCGCACUACAUCUCCCUCUACCUGCAGCACCAGUGGCCGCUGCUUCCGCUCGUGCAUCGGCCUACGUUCAGCGAGAAUCUCGCGACGCGCCUCGACCUGCGCGAUACAGAUUUCCGCGCACUCCUCCUCUCCAUUGUUGCGUUCACCAUUUCGCAGCUGCCCACGUCGCGCCUCACGACGGAGCAGUUCGACGUCGAGGGCCUCAAGCGCCUCCAGAGACGCUGCCACCGCACCUCCCAGCUCCUGCAACGCACCUACACCGGCCAGGUAACCCUCACUCAGAUCUGCAUCAUCAUCUUUGACAACUUCUACCUCCUCUCCAUCGGACUCACACAUACGGCGGCUGCGCGACUUGGCCUGGCCGUGCAGCUCGCUUUUUGUCUCGGCCUCCACUCCGACGCCAAGACCGCUGCCCUUGGCCUGGACCACAUCGAGGUUCAGCUCCGCCGCCGCGUCUUCUGGCAACUCUACGCGAGUGAUAAGACCCGCGCGAUACCCGGAAAUCCUAUGCUUAUCAACGACUUCCAGGGCCUGUGUUCAUACCCGGAGGCUAUCGACGACGAGUUCAUCACCUCACAAGGCAUGUUCCCUCAGCCGGCAAGCAAGACUUCGCUGCUGGCGGGCUUCGUCGCCGUCUCCAAGCUCUUCCGCAUCCUCUCCGAGUGCUUCUUCCAUCACCGCUGCAUCCUGAGUGACCUCCAGACUAUCUCGACUGACUGGACUGUCGCGGCGGAGGAAAGAGUGCAUGCGCUCCUCGGCGACCUGCCACUGGCCAUCCAGGAUCCGCCUAGCGUGCCCCUCGAGGCGAACCGGCAAGUGUUUGCGACGCAGCGCGCCAACAUCCUCAUCACGGUCGCGAUCGUCAAAUUCGCGCUGUACGACCUGCGCUCGGCCCUCAACGUGAAUGAGGACCAACUGGCACGCGAGCGCGAAGCGAUCGCCCGCGAGAUCCACAACCUCCUCAUGAGCAUCCCCGUCGAGGACCUCGCGAGCAACGGCGAGAGCGUGCGCGCGAAGGUGUUCCACAUUGCGUGCGCACUCUGCGGGCAGGCCAGCACGCCGGGGACGGACUCGGACCUCGUGCGCGACUGGUGCGAUAUGUUCUCGACGAUCACGUUCGUGCAGAUGCCGGUGCCGGCGGACGCGCCGCUCGACUCUCGCUCCAACUCGCCCCCGGCCAAGGCGCCGGGAUCAGCAUCGUAAGGCUGGUGACGACGAUGUGGACGACGAUGUUGUAUUAUCUAGACAGUGUAACAUCUGACCUCACUGGUCUGAUUCAGAUCUACACUCACCGCACUGACCAUCUGAUCUCAAUGCUGACAAC